GGCGGCGCGGCACGGCGGCAAGAUGGUGCGGAAGCUGAAGUACCACGAGCAGAAGCUGCUGCGGCGGCUGGAGUCGGUGAGCUGGGAGGCGGCGCCGGGUAACCUGGCCGAGGUGCGGGCGCUGCGGCGGUACCGCGUGGGGCGGCGCGAGGACUACGCGCGGUACAAAGCGUUGGCCCGGGAGGUGCGCGCCGUGGCGCGGCGGCUGCGGGAUCUGAGCCCGGCCAGCGCCGCCUUCCGCGCCCGCUGCGCCGCCGCGCUGCUGGAGAAGCUGUACGCGCUGGGGCUCGUGGGGUCGCGGCGCUCCCUGGCCGUGUGCGAGCGCGUGUCCGCCGCCUCGUUCUGCCGCCGCCGCCUGCCCUGCCUGCUGCUGAAGCUGCGCAUGGCGCAGAACCUGCGGCACGCCGUCACCUUCGUGGAGCAGGGCCACGUCCGCGUCGGGCCCGAGGUGGUCACCGACCCCGCGCUGCUCGUGCCCCGCGCCAUGGAGGACUUCGUCACCUGGGCCGACGCCUCCCGCCUGCGCCUCAAAGUGCUCGACUACAACCAGGAGCGCGACGACUUCGACCUGGCGGCGUAGAGACGGCCAGCGCGGGGCGGAGACGCGCGGGGAGCCCUCCUGAGGGACCCCCGAGACCGCCCGGCAGCCCGCGGAGCCCCCCCAGCCCCGGCCCGGCCUGCACUCCUCUGCCCGGGACGCGCACAGCCCUCACUGCCGCCGCCAGGCUUCCGCGCGCCCAGAAGCGCCGGCUCAUCCACGGGCUGCAGCCCUGCACGGCGCUCCGCUGCUCGGAGCGGCACCGAAGGAGCUUUGCACGUGGCCAAGCAGCCGCUGCGGAGCUGUGCCGAUGUGCCUGCACUGCUGCUGCAAGGGCUGCACGGCAGCACCCCGCUCCGGUCACUGCGGCGCCGCCCAGGAAGGACUCCUUUGGCCCAAAGCGCUGUGCCGGCAGGGAGCACCGCGGGGUCAGCGGGGGACCAAACGAUGGACUGUGGGAACUGUGAGACUUCGGGCCUCAAAUGCUACAAACAAAAGCAAGCGUGGCCUUCGUGGGAAGGCUCAGAGCGGGGCAGGGCGGGCUGCAGCUCAGGGCUGGGGGUGAAAUAAAAUGCCACAUUUUGGAAGAA